GAGCAACCAACGCCCAUUUUCGGCGGGCCGAAGCCCAUAAUCUAAGACUUGGAAAAGGGAGGAAAAAAAUAAAAAAAAACAGAGAGAGAGAGAGAAAGAACACGCAACGGGCGGAGGGGAUAUGGCGAUUGACAACUUGGUCUGAUCAGUGGGGUUAGCUUUAACUUGUUAAACACGGUCAGCUCUGGUCCUUCUUUCCCUUCUUCUCAAACUCUAGGGUUCGUCGGGCCUGGGAAUUUGAUUUGUUUUUUUUCCUCUUAAGAAAUUCCACCCAAGAAGAUAAUUCAGCGAUGGUGCUGAAACAGAAGCUUCACGACGCUUUCAAAGGCACGGUUGAGAGAAUUACGAGCCCCCGCACCGUCUCCGCCUUCAAGGAGAAGGGCGUCCUCAGCGUCAGCGAGUUCAUUCUCGCCGGCGACAAUCUCGUCUCCAAGUGCCCUACCUGGUCAUGGGAAUCAGGUGAGCCCAGCAAGAGGAAGCCUUACUUACCAGCUGAUAAGCAGUUUCUAAUUACUCGAAAUGUUCCUUGUCUACGUAGAGCUGCCUCUAUUGAAGAAGAUUACAUAGCUAGUGGGGGUGAGGUUUUACUCGAUAAUGAUGACGAUGAGAACGACGCCUGGGUUGCCACUCAUGGAACACCGAAAGAGACGAAAGCUGGUGAAGAGGACAAUGUGCCUUCUAUGGAGGCCCUUGAAAUCAGCAGAAAGGGUCCUAUCCAAUCAAUUCCAUCAUACUUUGGGGAUCCAGAAGAAGAUGAUAUCCCUGACAUGGCUGACUAUGAUGACCCUGACAAUCUCAUUGAAGCAGAUCCUGCAACGCUUCAAACUACUUAUCUUGUGGCAAAUGAACCUGAUGAUGAUAACAUUUUGCGGACUCGAACAUAUGAUGUCAGCAUCACCUAUGACAAAUACUAUCAGACCCCUCGAGUGUGGCUUACUGGAUACGAUGAGUCCAGGAUGCUUUUACAACCCGAAUUAGUGCUUGAAGAUGUUAGUCAGGAUCAUGCACGUAAGACAGUUACUAUCGAAGACCAUCCUCAUUUGCCUGGGAAGCAUGCGUCAGUUCAUCCAUGCAAACAUGGGGCUGUGAUGAAGAAAAUUAUUGAUGUUCUAAUGUCUCGAGGUGUUGAACCAGAAGUUGACAAGUAUCUUUUCCUUUUCUUAAAAUUCAUGGCCUCUGUUAUACCAACCAUAGAGUACGACUACACCAUGGACUUCGAUAUGGGUAGCUCAAGCAGCUAGUCUCAAGGUAUUUGCUCAAUAGAACCCUUUUCAUCGGUUUAAAAAGGCAAUCCAGCUUCAUUUAAACUGACAUUCCCAAGUUUUAGCAGGUGGUGUUUGCUGCAACGAGAUUCAACGAGAAGAAAGAAACUGCUGUGCUUUUGAUGUCUGCAGCUAGUAGCUAUUUCAAUGGGUCUGGCUUCUCCUUGUAUUCUUUCUCAGCACACAAAAAUGUUGUACAUAGAACAAACGUGGGAAGACAAUUUUCUUCAGGCUUCUGCGAUAGGCAAUGGUUGUGGGGUUGUCUUGGUGGAAAGAAUUUGUGUCUCUGAAUGCAGUUAUUUAUUGGAAUUGUAAAAUGAAGGCAUUCGAAAAAUCGAGAAUGUUGAAAUGGAUUUCAAUAUUACACCUGAUUGCUGUGGUAUUUACUGUAAAGACAGAUUCAAGGUCAAGUCAAAUAAAAUCCUUGGAAAGUCUUUGUUCUGUCCUUUGGCAUGGGACUACAAAGUCCCGUGCUAAUAACCUUACGUCUAGGUACGAGCAUGUAUGUCUUUUCUAUCGACAUUUCUAAAUCAUAUUUUCAUUUCAAUGAAAAAUUUGGACUCAU